AUGGACCCACUCUUCCCUGCCCAUAUUCUGGAGGACCCCGACCUGCGGAGGCUGCUGAAUGACUCCUCCAUGCUCAACCUGAGCUUCCUCCCCAGUAACUGGUUCAACAACAGCACUGGGGACAGCUUCCUGCCACUCAGCAUCAAGAUCACCAUCGUGGUCGUCUACUCCAUUGUGUGCAUUGUGGGGCUGGUGGGCAACUGCUCCGUCAUGUAUGUGAUCAUCAGGUUCACCAAGAUGAAGACAGCAACCAACAUUUACAUCUUUAACCUUGCUCUGGCUGACACCUUGUGUCUGAUGACCUUACCCUUCCAGGGUACAGACACCUUCCUGGGCUUCUGGCCCUUUGGCAACGUGCUCUGCAAGAUUGCCAUCUCUAUAGACUACUACAACAUGUUCACCAGCACCUUCACUCUGACCAUGAUGAGUGUGGAUCGCUACAUUGCCAUCUGCCACCCCAUCAAGGCCCUGGACAUCCGCACGCCACACAAGGCCAAGGUGGUCAACGUCUGCAUCUGGGCCCUGGCUUCUGUCUUUGGCAUCCCAGCGAUGGUGAUGGGGUCUGCGGAGAACGAGAACAACGAAAUCGAUUGUCUAAUCAAACUCCCCUCCCCUGUGGAUUACUGGGAUCCAGUGUUUGGCAUCUGUGUCUUUCUCUUCUCCUUUAUGAUUCCUGUGCUGAUCAUCACCAUUUGCUACAGCCUGAUGAUCAGACGGCUCAAGAACGUCCGAGUGCUCUCGGGCUCCAAGGAGAAGGACCGGAACCUGAGGCGCAUCACCCGCAUGGUCCUGGUGGUGGUGGCAGUCUUCAUCAUUUGCUGGACUCCCAUCCAGAUCUUUGUGCUGGUGCAGUGCUUGGGUGCCAAGGCAGAGAGUGAGCUGGAGCUGGCCAUCUCCUGCUUCUGCACCGCACUGGGCUACGCCAACAGCAGCCUGAACCCUGUGCUCUACGCCUUCCUGGAUGAGAACUUCAAGGCAUGCUUUAAGAAGUUCUGCUUCCCCACUGCUUUCAGGACCGAGCUCCAGAUGUCCAACAGGAUGUGCAGCAUCGCCAAGGAUGUGGCCUAUGCUUGCAAGAACUCAGAGGGGACUAACAAUCCGGCCUGA